UCCGGCGAGUCUGGGUGCCCGCGGCCGGCUCGCGGUAUGCGCCUUCGCCUGCUUCUGCUGCUCGCGCUUUGCUGGGCGGGCCCCAGCGCCGCGGCGCGCACCCUCAGCCUGCGGGGCCGCUGGAGGAUCCGCAGCGGGAACGGCUCGCUGGAGCUGCCCGGGGACGUCCCCGGUUGCGUGCACAGCGCCUUGUUCCAGCGGAGGCUCAUCCAGGAUCCAUACUACAGAUUUAAUGACCUUGACUACAGAUGGAUCUCCUUGGAUAACUGGACCUAUAGCAAGGAAUUUAGAAUCCCCUUUGACAUUAGCAAAUGGCAAAAAGUAAAUUUGAUUUUUGAGGGUGUUGAUACAGUUACAAAAGUCCUGCUCAAUAAUGUUACUAUUGGGAAAACAGACAACAUGUUCAGAAGAUACAGCUUUGAUGUUACUGGUCUGGUCGGGGACGUGAACUCCAUCGAGCUGCAUUUCCAGUCACCAGUGUUGUAUGCAGCCCAGCGGAGCAAAGCUCACACUUGCUACCAGGUGCCCCCAAGCUGCCCUCCGCUUGUGCAGAAGGGCGAAUGCCAUGUCAACUUUAUUCGAAAGGAGCAGUGUUCAUUUAGUUGGGACUGGGGGCCUUCCUUUCCUACCCAAGGCAUCUGGAAAGAUGUUAGAAUUGAAGCCUAUAAUAUUUGUCAUCUGAACUACUUCACAUUUUCCCCUAUAUAUGAUAACCGUGCCCAGGAGUGGAAUCUUGAAAUAGAGUCUUCUUUUGAUGUUGUCAGCUCAAAGCCAGUUUAUGGUCAAGUGAUUGUAGCCCUCCCUAAACUGCAAACACAGCAGACGCACAGCAUUGACCUUCAGCCUGGGGAGAGGAUUGUUGAGCUCUUUGUGAAAAUUAACAAGAAUAUUGCUGUAGAAACUUGGUGGCCUCAUGGACAUGGAAACCAGACUGGGUACAACAUGACAAUUCUUUUUAAACUGGAUGGAGGCUUAAGUAUUGAAAAAUCAGCUAAGGUUUAUUUUAGGACAGUGGAACUUAUAGAAGAGCCUAUAAAAGGGUCUCCUGGUCUGAGUUUCUACUUCAAAAUUAAUGGAUUUCCCAUAUUUCUGAAAGGCUCUAACUGGAUACCAGCAGAUUCAUUCCAGGAUCGAGUAACCUCUGACUUGUUGCGGCUGCUGUUGCAGUCUGCUGUGGAUGCGAACAUGAAUACUCUCCGGGUGUGGGGAGGAGGAAUCUAUGAGCGAGAUGAGUUCUAUGAACUCUGUGAUGAACUAGGAAUCAUGGUAUGGCAGGACUUUAUGUUUGCGUGUGCCCUUUAUCCGGCUGAUCAGGGCUUUGUGGAUUCCGUGAGAGCAGAAGUUGCUUACCAGGUCAGGAGACUGAAAUCUCAUCCCUCCAUCAUCAUAUGGAGUGGAAAUAAUGAAAAUGAAGCAGCGCUGAUGAUGAAUUGGUAUGGCAUACAUUUCAGUGACUUGCAUACCUACAUCAAUGAUUAUGUGACACUGUAUGUGAAAAACAUCCGGGAGGUCGUCUUGGCAGGAGAUAAGACUCGUCCUUUUGUCACAUCCAGUCCUACAAAUGGGGCCGAAUCCGUUGCAGAAGGCUGGGUCUCUCACAACCCAUAUGACAAGCAUUUUGGUGACAUACAUUUUUACGACUAUGUCAGUGAUUGCUGGAAUUGGAAAAUUUUCCCAAAAGCUCGAUUUGCCUCUGAAUAUGGAUAUCAGUCCUGGCCUUCCUUCAGUACAUUAGAAAAGGUUUCAUCUGAAGAGGACUGGUCGUACGAAAGCAAGUUUUCACUUCACCGUCAACAUCAUGCACAUGGUAACGAUGAAAUGCUUCUUCAGGCUGGACUUCAUUUCAAACUCCCCCAAAGCACAGAUCCAUUACGCUCAUUCAAAGAUACCAUCUAUCUUACUCAGGUGGUGCAGGCCCAGUGUGUCAAAACAGAAACUGAAUUCUACCGCCGCAGUCGCAGCGAGAUAGUGACUGGAGAAGGGCACACCAUGGGGGCGCUUUACUGGCAGUUGAAUGACAUCUGGCAGGCUCCUUCCUGGGCUUCUCUAGAGUAUGGAGGAAAGUGGAAAAUGCUUCAUUACUUUGCUCGGCAUUUCUUCGCUCCGCUGUUGCCGGUGGGCUUUGAGAAUCAAGACGUGUUUUUCAUCUACGGUGUGUCAGACCUUCACUCGGACUGUAAGGUGACGCUCACUGUGAGAGUGCACGCGUGGAGUUCCCUGGAGCCUCUGUGCUCGCGUGACACCAAGCAUCUUGUGAUGAAAGUGGGCGAGGCUGUUCUCCUCUACAGGGAGCCAGUGCCCAAGCUGCUGGAGAGAUGUGGGAGGUGUACCCGGCAGAGCUGUGUGGUUUCCUUUCACCUGUCAGCUGCCGGCCGACUCUUGAGCCCCACCAACUACCACUUCCUGUCCUCGCUGAAGGAGGCUGUGGGGCUCCAGAAGGCAAACAUCACUGCCGUCGUCUCGCCGCAUGGCGGCACGUUUGUUUUUGAUCUAGAAACCUCAGCUGUUGCCCCCUUUGUUUGGCUGGAUGUGGGGAGCAUCCCGGGGAGAUUCAGUGACAAUGGCUUCCUCAUGACCGAGAAGACGCGGGCUGUAGUAUUUCACCCUUGGAAACCCACCAGCAAGAGGGAAUUGGAGCAGUCUUUGCAGGUGACUUCCCUGACCGAUAUUUACUGAGGGAACCCAGGUUGUUUUUCCAG